AUGGAAUAUGUAAGAUUUAUUCAGCUUACUGAGGACAUGACGCUAGAUAAGAAGAUGUUGAGAGAGAGGAUCAGACUAGAAGUUAUUCGCCAACAGGAAUUACUUUGUGUAGAGCAAUGUCUUCUCACACAAAACGUUUUCAAGCAAGAAAAUGUUCAGAUUGUUGCAUUUGCUGCUCAAGGAAGAAGAUAUGGUAGGGAUGCUGGAAGUUAUCUAGGGACUGGUAAGAUAGAUCAAAUUGGUAGUGGAAAUGGUGAAGGAUCAACACUAAAUCUCCCUUUACCUGGAGGAUCAGGUGAUACAGCAAUGCGAACAGUUUUUGAUGAAGUUAUUGUACCAUGUGCUCAAAGGUUCAAGCCAGAUAUAAUCCUUGUUUCAGCUGGCUUACAGUUCACAACAGGAACAUAUUACAUUUUAGCCUCCAGCAUUAAGCAACUUGAAAAAGAUUUGUGUGGGGGACGUUGCGUGUUUUUCUUAGAAGGGGGAUAUAAUCUCAGUUCUCUGUCAAAUUCAGUUGCAGAUUCAUUUCGUGCUUUUCUUGGGGAUCGGAGCUUGGCUUCAAAGCUAGACGAUCCAUCCUAUUUGCACAAAGAACCAUUGAAGAAGGUGAAGUAG